UGUGUGUGUGUGUGUGUCAGGUGCAACAUGGCUUGUGUGAAAACUUCUACUGCUACUCCUCUAAGGACACACCUCCACAUACACAUACACCUUCACUGCCGGUGCAGAGAGCGUGUAGCCAGAGGAAAGGCUCCACUUCCACCCCCACAGCUUUUCUGGAGUCCUGUACCCAUCUCCUCCACCAGCUUGCAUUGUCCAAACAAAGGAAAACAGUCAGAGAGUGAGGAACGGACGGCACCGGAGAGGGACACAGUGAGAGUGGGAGAUCCCAGGGGAAGAACAGAUGAAGAAGGAAAGGGAGACAGAUGAAAGGCCAUUGGAGGAGAGGGGCCAGUGGGGGCGUAAGGUGGAGUUCCUCCUGGCGGUGGCGGGGAACAUAGUGGGGCUGGGAAAUGUGUGGAGGUUCCCAUACCUUUGCUACAAGAAUGGCGGCGGAGCGUUCCUUGUGCCAUAUUUGUUCUUUGCGUUGACCUGUGGGAUACCCCUGUUCCUGCUGGAUAUUGUCAUGGGACAGUACACCCAGGAGGGGGCCAUCACCUGCUGGAGGAAGCUGUGCCCAUUGGCUGAGGGGAUUGGCUACGCGAGCCAGCUGAUCCUGUUUUACGCCUGCAUGUGUUAUAUCAACAUCCUGGCCUGGGCUCUCUUCUACCUCUACUUCUCCUUCAGCUCACAGCUGCCCUGGGCCAGCUGCUCCAACACCUGGAACUCAGAUCACUGUGUGGAUUUUUCCAACCGAAACCUCACCACAAACUGGACCCAACAGCCCAACAACUCAUCCUCUGCAGCCACUGAGUUUUGGGAGAAACGUGUGCUGGCGAUCUCGGGGGGCAUUGAGGAGGUGGGCAGUGUGAGGUGGGAGGUGCUUCUGUGCCUCAUCAUCAUGUGGGUCAUCUGCUACUUCUGCAUCUGGAAGGGGGUGAAGUCUACAGGCAAGGUGGUUUAUUUCACUGCUACUUUCCCAUACCUGAUGCUUUUGGUGUUGUUGAUACGAGGGCUAACUCUACCUGGAGCUCUGCAGGGGGUGCUGUUCUACCUGUACCCUGACCCCACCCGCCUGGCAGACCCACAGGUGUGGAUGGAAGCAGUAUCACAGAUCUUCUCCUCCUACAGUCUUGGAGGGGGUUCUCUGAUUGUGCUGGGUAGCUACAACAACUAUAACAACAACUGCUACAAGGACUCGUUGUGGCUGUGCCUGCUGAACAGCGGGACCAGUAUAGUGGCGGGAUUCGCGGUCUUUUCUGUGCUGGGGUUCAUGGCACAUGAGCAGGGCGUCGCCAUUGAGGAAGUGGCGGAAUCAGGACCUGGUCUGGCAUUCAUUGUGUACCCCCAAGCAGUAGCAAUGAUGGCCCUACCUCAGCUGUGGGCCGCGUGCUUCUUCAUUAUGAUCAUCCUGCUGGGCCUGGACUCACUGUUUGUGAUGAUGGAGGUGGUGAUGACGUCGGUGAUGGACAUGUUUCCCAGGGUACUGCGUAGGGCCGGGCGCAGAGAGAUCUUCCUCCUGCUCUUCUGCCUCACCUGCUUCAUUUUGCAGCUGGUGAUGGUCACAGAGGGGGGAAUGUAUGUGUUCCAGCUCUUCGACUACUAUGCCACUAAUGGGGCCUGUGUGUUAUUCCUGUGCGUGUUCAAGGUCCUGGCCAUAGGCUGGCUCUUUGGGGCGGAGCGAAUGGUCGAUGUGAUUGAGGACAUGACCGGGGAGCGUCCCUGCCUCAUCUUUAAGCUCUGCUGGCUCUACUUCACACCGCUGGUGACUCUGGGAUCCUUCAUCUCCUCUCUGGUGGGGUACAAGCCCCUGACCUUUAACCGCUGGUAUGUGUACCCAGACUGGGCGUACGUGCUGGGCUGGCUGCUGGCCCUCUCCUCUGUUGUACUGAUUCCAGGGUGGAGCCUGGUCAAGCUCUCCCUCAGCACUGGCACUCUCAGACAGCGUUUGUCUCAUCUCUGUCACCCUGCUGAUGACCUCCCCAUGACCCGGAAGCAGAUGGCUGAGCGAGAGCACGUGAUUUCUGCUACAGAGAUGGAAGAGUUAAUGACCAACAGAAAGUAAAUAGUGCCAGUAAAAUGUUGUACUAACUCAUACCUUGCUGGCACGUAGGAUUUAUUUCCCAAUUUUGCUUUCCAGAGCUCUUUCAUCAUUUUAACAGUGGAAUAUAUUAUAUGAAAGUGUGCAUUUGAAAAUCAUACCAGUAAUCUAGAGGGUAGUUUUAGUCAGGUAUAUUUUAAGAGGGCCAUGACUUGUUUUUUUUAGAUAAAUACUGGAGGUGCAAACAUACUUACUCUACAGAUACUAUGAAUAAGGGGUCCCAUCAUGUCUUAAUCUCUUAAGAUGUUUACUGAAAAAUGUUCCGUGUUUUCUUUCUGAUUCUACUUGGUUGCUAGGGGGAAGAUUUCCUACGCAUUUUUCAGAGUUUGACUUUACUUCAUCAAAACUAACACAUUGUAGCAGGAAAAUAAACUCACUGCAUUUCUCUGA